GGAUCCAACUUCUCUCUCUCUCACGUAAAAAAAUGACCAUCUGUUGAUCAAAAUCAAAUCUUUUUUUGCUCUUUCUCUAAAGGGUCUCUAUCAUUUUUCUCAAACCAGUAGUUUUUUUUUUUUUUAAUAUUCCAAGAGAAGUUCUUUUUUUUUUUUUUUUUCUCUUUCUUCAUUGCCAACCAUGACAGAGGUUCUCCACUCUCCAACAUCACCAACACCCCAUUUUUCUUCUUCUUCUUCAUCUUCAACCAGUCCUUCCUCUGAUGGCAUUCUCCUUGUUAGCACUGACCAAGAACCACCCUCUUCCUCUGUUUCUUCUUCUUCUGUAGCCGUGGUGGUGGACGGUUUUUCUACGGUAACCGGCUGUGACUCACGGAGGGUCACGAAUGGUGAUGGUGACAGGACGCAGCAGGAGCUGUCCCUUUUGGCCAUUCUUGUGACCCUUUUCAGAAAGUCAUUGAUUGCUUGCAAGAGUGACAGAAGAGAGCUUUGUCCCAUGGAGAUUGGUUGGCCCACUAACGUGCGCCAUGUUGCGCAUGUCACCUUUGAUAGGUUCAAUGGGUUCUUGGGUUUGCCUGUUGAAUUUGAACCUGAAGUUCCCAGAAGGCCUCCCAGUGCUAGUGCAACUGUUUUUGGAGUUUCAACAGAAUCCAUGCAAUUAUCAUACGACUCAAGAGGGAACAGUGUACCAACAAUACUGCUACUAAUGCAAAGGAACUUGUAUGCUCAAGGAGGGUUGCAGGCAGAGGGGAUUUUCAGAAUUAAUGCAGAUAAUAGUCAAGAGGAAUAUGUUAGGGAUCAAUUAAAUAGGGGCCUGGUCCCAGAAGGCGUUGAUGUACAUUGUUUGGCUGGACUAAUUAAGGCUUGGUUUAGGGAACUGCCUACUGGUGUUCUGGAUCCUUUAUCCCCAGAGCAUGUAAUGCAAUGCCAGACUGAAGAGGAUUGUGCUGAACUGGCAAGGCAGCUACCUCUCACUGAAACUUCCCUCUUAGACUGGGCUAUCAAUCUGAUGGCUGAUGUUGUCCAAGAGGAACACCUUAAUAAGAUGAAUGCACGCAACAUUGCAAUGGUUUUUGCACCAAACAUGACUCAUAUGGCAGACCCUUUGACUGCAUUGAUGUAUGCAGUUCAAGUGAUGAACUUUUUGAAGACACUAAUACUAAGGACGCUGCGGGAAAGAAAGGAUUCUGACGUAGAAUCAUCUAUUGGAUGUUGUUUAGAACCUUCUGAUGACAAUGGAGACAAUAGUCUUUUGGAGUCCUGCCCACAAGAUGAGGUUGCCAGAGAAAAUGAAGAGGCUGAGGAAACCUUUGUUUCUGAGAAAACUGUAUUAGAAUGUUCUCCUGAGCCCCUACAAAACAAAAGCUCUUCUGAAGGAGAAUCUGGGAGUUUGAUAAGCCCUUAUGGGAAUCUGGUUUGUGAUGAUGAUUUGUAUUGUGAGUUUCCACCCAAAGGAAACGUUGGCAAGAAUAAGAUUGGCCAAUCUAGUAAUUCCAGUGCUAAAAAGGGGUCCAAGAAAACCAGAAGCCAGCAACAUGUGAUCCAUGCAACAGUGACUGUUGAGAAAAAGGGUAUUAGCAAUUUGAGCCGCAUUGAUUCAAGAUCAGAAAGGAUAGAAGCUUGGAGGUGAACAAAGCAUCGCUGUGAUGAAAUGUAAAUUGAUUCUGACAUUGUGACAUUGUAAGUUUGUUUGGGUCUUAAGUUUCACCUUAUGCAAGGACAAGUUUGUGAAGUGGUUCAGUUUUAUUAUUUCGUUUGUUUGUUUAACUUGUCUGAUUUCAGCAAUGGCACUAUGAUCAACA